UUGCACAUAAAUAAUCUAAUUCUAGCCCCAGAGUAUGAUAUUUUUGCAAUCUACGGGGGGCUUGCUUGUUGCUAUUGGUCAAUGGUGCAAUGUUUUUUCUGACUAAGUGGUGUUUGAUGAUGUCAUGUUGUUCACGAGUAGAAGGCUGAGUUUUUUUAGUCAUAGGGCUGAGUAUGUGAGUGGAGUGCAAACUACAACUUUCGAAAAUAUUCAGGAAAUACAUUUCUAAUCAUACGGGGUGGAAACAUUUUCCCCUAUUGGAUUUAUUUCUUGAAGAAUUUAUUUCUGUACAAUGGGGGAUUGACAUCAAGGUGUCUACAUCGUCUUUGUAGAAAGGCAACACUUUUUCUAGCCAUGGAACACUACAGGAGAUAAGGGACAGUUCUUGUGAAAGUCCCGUUGAAGUCAAAUCUAGGAAACAAAUGGUUUGGCGUAACUAGGAUUAACUGGUUGCUGGACAGAUCCACAUGGCGAUGCCACCCCAGGGCGACGGAGAUUAUAAACCUGUAGCGGUGUCGGCGACGGUCCCACCGGUUCCUCCUCGGAGGGUUCGGAGCAGAGAGUCGUUUUCGGGCUCCAAGUGUCGGCCCGGUGGCGGAGAGCGCAAAGUGAAGUGUGUGCUUGUCGGUGACGGUGCAGUUGGGAAGACGAGCUUGAUUGUCAGCUACACCACAAAUGGAUAUCCAACUAAAUAUGUCCCAACUGCCUUUGAUAAUUUUUCAGCUGUCGUGGCAGUUGAUGGCAAGCCAGUGAAACUGCAGCUUUGUGACACAGCUGGGCAGGAUGAGUUUGACAAGCUGCGUCCGCUCUGCUACACCAACGCAGACGUCUUCCUGCUGUGCUUCAGUGUCGUCAGCCCCUCCUCCUUCCAGAACGUAACAGAGAAAUGGGUGCCGGAGAUUCGCCGGCACUGCCCGCAGGCGCCGGUGGUUCUGGUGGGCACCCAGUCAGACCUGCGGGAGGAUGUUAAUGUUCUGAUUGAGCUGGCCAAGUACAAAGAGAGGCCAGUGGAGCCCCAAGAGGCCCAGCAGUGUGCCGAGGACAUGAGGGCCGUGUCAUACAUGGAGUGCUCCUCACUCACCCAGAAGAACCUCAAAGAGGUGUUUGACGCAGCCAUCGUGGCCAGCAUCCAGCACUCUGACAGUCAGCAGCAGCAGCAUCGACUGAAAAAACGGACUCCAGACAAGAUGAAGAAGCUUUCUAAAUCAUGGUGGAAGAAGUACUGUUGCGUGGUUUAGCCUCUAUCUGUGUGUGUGACAGGACGGACGCAUAGGUUCCAAUUUUGCUUCCAUGUCAGCACGUUAACAGACUUCAGGGACAGUAAGGAAAACAGUGACUGGAAUAUGGACGCAGGUCUGGUCUGGAGUAUCUGAGUUAUGUGUAGGUUCGGCUUCAAUGACCCCAUGCUAUUUUUGCUGUACCAACGUGAGCUGCACUGGAGACAGAGCUGACUUCCCUCAAAGAAUACUCAUUGACUUUCCACUGCCUUGUAUCCAUGAUCCUUGGGGGGGGACAGCUUCUACAAGGACGACUGUGGAAGAUGAAGCCCUCUUUAUAACCAGGAGGGCUUAUGUUGUUAUAUCAUUGUGUUAUUAACCUGGUUUACUCUGACCUUUCCCAUGGUAAGUGUACAGUAUGUAAACUCAGAUUCAUUUAGCAUAUGAGAUUGAGUCAACUUUCCGAUGUGGGAUUUACCAUCUCUUUGAUUUAGCAGUGCCUAUGGUAAAAAUAAAAACAAUCUGUGCGGUAAUCAGAUAAUGCGAGGAGAGUACUGUGUAACGUUCAUUAUUUGAAUGCUUGUUCUUCCAGCCCAUAUUGGAUAGCCUCAUUUGGCUUGUUGUCUAAUGUACAAACCACUCAAAAACAGAAUUUCUGUUUUCAAAAAUAGUUUUUCAGAAUUUCGAACUGUUGUUUAAAUUAGGACAUGGGUUCUGUCUAAGCUCAUAUGAGGGUCACAGUCUCUAGCUAUGUGCAGGAAUUCAAACUAGACUUGUUGACCUUUGGUUCACUUCACCAUAGCACCACCUGAGGAGUUUUAAACAAACACCUUACUCUGUACAGGGCUGACUGCAGCUGAGUCAACGUUAACUCUUAACUACCUUACUCUGUACAGGGCUGACUGCAGCUGAGUCAACGUUAACUCUUAACUACCUUACUCUGUACAGGGCUGACUGCAGCUGAGUCAACGUUAACUCUUAACUACCUUACUCUGUACAGGGCUGACUGCAGCUGAGUCAACGUUAACUCUUAACUACCUUACUCUGUACAGGGCUGACUGCAGCUGAGUCAACGUUAACUCUUAACUACCUUACUCUGUACAGGGCUGACUGCAGCUGAGUCAACGUUAACUCUUAACUACCUUACUCUGUACAGGGCUGACUGCAGCUGAGUCAACGUUAACUCUUAACUACCUUACUCUGUACAGGGCUGACUGCAGCUGAGUCAACGUUAACUCUUAACUACCUUACUCUGUACAGGGCUGACUGCAGCUGAGUCAACGUUAACUCUUAACUACCUUACUCUGUACAGGGCUGACUGCAGCUGAGUCAACGUUAACUCUUAACUACCUUACUCUGUACAGUGCUGACUGCAGCUGAGUCAACGUUAACUCUUAACUACCUUACUCUGUACAGGGCUGACUGCAGCUGAGUCAACGUUGACUCUUAACUACCUUACUCUGUACAGGGCUGACUGCAGCUGAGUCAACGUUAACUCUUUACAGCUAGCAGAGUAAGGUAGUUAUUAAUGACUGAGCAAAUAAUUCAAUAUGUUUCUGAAACUAAUACACUGGAAAGAGUAUGUUAAUUGUCCCAAGCAAGCUUAACAAUACCAUAAUAUUUUAUUAUGUUGAAAAAAAGUUGUCAAUACCUAUUUUCCUAUCACUGUGGCAUGUGAUGUCUAUCUCUGUCAAUACAGUGUUCUGAUUUAACCUAUAGAGAUGAGGUUAUUAGAAUUUCAAAAUGAUAACCAUAGAAUUAGGAAUUAGAAUACUAAAAUGGACAUGCACAUUCUUAAGAUGGUCCAAAGGUCAGCCAUUUUGGUCAGGGAGUUGGUCAACUAUGGUUUGACAGUGCUGUGAUAAGAAAUGGUGUGAAACAAUGAAUGUGUAGAAUUUAUCUGCACUGUAUGUUUGUUAGCUAGCUAGCCAGCCAGUUUUAGAGGAAUGAUUACAUUAAUUUUUCAAUUUAGCUGCCAGUAUUCCAACAUUCCACUCAAACAAUGCAGUCAACCCACAGCCGUACACUGGCUGAAAUCAGUUGAUGAUAUUAGGACUGAGACAAGUUGUAAAUGCAACAACUACUGAUGCUGUAUCAUAAAAGCACUCACACUUUCCAAGAAAAUAAAAUCAGUGGUCAGUUUACAUAUAUUUUAGAGGCUAUUUAUACAGACAGUUGGUAUAAAACCUGUAUAAACUGUAUUUAUAAUUAUAUGACAAUAUUAUUUGUUGAUUAUAAUUAUAUUUCUGAUACAUGCAUCUCCUAUGCCUCUGCUGCCAUUCAUUCUAAUUACACUGGUUUUGUCACGACUUCCGCUGAAGUCAGUCCCUCUCCUUGUUCGGGCGGCGUUCGGUGGUCGACGUCACCGACCUUCAAGCCAUCGCUGAUCCAUUUUUCAUUUUCCAUUGGUUUUGUCUUGUCUUCCUCCACACCUGGUUCCAAUCCCAUCAAUUACAUGUUGUGUAUUUAACCCUCUGUUUCCCCUCAUUGUCCUUGUCGGUGAUUGUUUGAUUGUAUGUUAUGUGCAAGUUAUGUUAUGUUAUGUUGUGGUGUGCGACGGGUUUUGAACCCACUUUUAUUAUUUUGUAUAUGAUGGUUUUCGGAGUUUGUGAGCAUUUAUUAAAAGACAUUUAUACCAA